AUGGGCGCGGUAUCGGAUCAGCACAUAUCGAAGCACCGGUCGAGCCAGCGGCAGAAGCGGAGAGUGAUGCCGUCGCUGCGGCUGGCGCUGCUGGUGCUCGGGGUCGUCUCCGCCGCCUACGCGUGCCUCGUGCGCCCGCACUGCGCGCCCGCGACCCUGCCGCUAUCAAAGGAGGCGCUGCUGGGGACGUUCUUAGCCUUUGAGAAUUCUCGCGAGUCACGUGUGCUUCGUGCCUCGUGCGCCCACGGCACUGCGCGCCGCGACCUUGCCGCUGUCCAAGGAGGUACGCGCACGAGCACGCCGCAAGAGGUGGGGGACCCUGCUGUUGGGGGCGCCUUUCUCCGCUUUGGCCUCCGCGCUCCUCCCCUCCCCCACCUCCCCCCUCCUUUCUGUUCCCACGCGGUCCCCCACGAGCUAGAGCUGCGGCAAUGGACGGGCGCAAGCCAAAUUCCCCCGAUUCGUCCCUUCCCCUUUCCAACCCCCUCUCACCUCCUCCCCCCUCCCCCCCAAUUUGUAACACUCCGCCCGUACCUUCCCCCGUGUGCGCCCGCAGCAACUGCAGCUGCAGAUGAUGCGCGCAGAGGGGGAAAGGCUUCCCCUUGUCCCUCCCCCCUUCCUCACAUCCCCACCCCCAAAUUUGAAGUAUCCGCCCAUACCUCCCCCCAUGCGCGCCCACAGGAGCUGGAGCUGCUGCAGAUGAUGCGCGCAGGGGGAACUGGAGCUGCUGCAGACGAUGCGCGCAGAGGGAAAAAGACUUUCCAACUUUCCUUCCCCCGUCCUCAUCUUCCUCUCCCCUUACCUCCCGCCAUGCGCGCCCGCAGGAGCUGGAGCUGCUGCAGACGAUGCGCACGGCAGCAGGAGGAGUCGGAGGGGCUGUGGGGACCAGUGCAGCAGGAGGAGUGGAGGCAGUGCGACGCACCUUCCAGGAAAUACCGCGACGCGCCACUGCCGGAGUCAAAUGGCUAUCUGCAGGUGUUUCUAGACGGAGGGCUCAACCAGCAGCGCAUCAGCGUGUGCAACGCGGUGGCCGUGGCUCGCCUGCUCAACGCCACUCUGCUCGUCCCCGAGUUCGCCACCAACAUCUUUUGGCAGGACUCCAGUCAGUUCGCGGACAUCUUCGAUCUCGACCAUUUCAUUUCCUCACUUCGAGGGGACAUCCGCAUAGAGCGCCGUCUCCCCCGCCACCUCGCGUGGAGCACAGCGGCCUACUACGCCUCCUCGCCCUCCCGCCGCAACAAGCUCAUCCGCUCCGCGCCUCUGCACGCCACCAAGAAGUGGUACCUCAAGCGCGUGCUGCCACGGCUUAAGCAGCGGUGCAUCGUGGCACUAACGCCCUUCUCCCAUCGCCUUGCCUUCACGGGGCUGCCCCGGGAGAUCCAACGGCUGCGGUGCCGCGUCAACUUUCACGCGCUGCGAUUUGUGCAGCCAAUCAGGGAGCUGGGACAGAAGCUGGUGCAGCGACUGCAGGACCCCUCCCUGCGCCCCGCCCGUAGGGGUCUUCCCCACUCACCUUCUGACGGCACGAGUGCUGCUGAGGUGGGAGAUGGAGGGAGGGAGAGAGGCGGAAGAGAGGAGGGGGGAGGCGAUUGGGACGAGGGUGCGGAGGAAAUUUGGGGAGUGGGACAGUCGCUGUCUGAUGAUACGAGUGCUGCUGACGUGGUGGGCCGAGGGAGGAAGGGAGGAGGAAGUGAGGAGAGGGGAGUGAGAGAGGAAGGGGGAGGGAAUGAGGAUGGAGGAGGAGGAGAGGAGGGAGGGGGAGAGAGUGAAGAGGGGAGAAGGAUCCGGGUGGAGCUGGUUGGGGAUGGAGGGGAGGGCGAGGACUCGGGAGGGGAGGGACGAGAGGGGGGAGUGGGAGGAGAAAGAAGAGUAGGUAGGAGCGAGGGCGAAAAGGGGGAGGAGGAGGAGGGAGAGGAGGGGGUUGAGGAGUUGGGAGGGGAGAGAGUGGGCGAGGAGGUGCGGGAAAGAGGCAGUGGAGAGGGGUUGGAGGAGCUUCUGUGGUGGGAGGCGAGGGAGAAGGGAUCGGAGCAUGGAAGGCAGAGGGAUGGGAAUGAUGAUGGGAGUGAGGAUGGGAGGGAUAAGGGACUGGAGCAUGGAGAGGAGAGGGGUGUGAGGGAUGAUGGGAGUGAGGAGGGGGGGAAGGGAGGCAGUGGGGGGGAGGGGCUGGAAGAACUGCUAUGGUGGGAGGCGAGGGAGAAGAGAAUGGAGCAUGGAGAGGAGAGGGGUAGGAAUGAGGAGGAGGGGAGAGAAGGAAAAAAGGCGCUGCAUGGGAGGGAAGGGGUGGGGAGGGAUAGCAGGAGGCGUUGGGAGAGGGAGCUGGAAGGAGGCGAAGGGGAGGAGGGAAAUGGGCGAUCAGCAUACAGGGGGAGAGAUUUUUCCUGGGAUUAUGAGGGAAGGGAGGAUGCAUGGGGUAGUGGUGCAGAGAGGGAGAGUGUGGGGAUUGAGCGUGUGAGGAGUGGGGAUGGGGCAAGUGAGAGGGGGCUGCUUGGGGGUUACAGACGCAGGCGAUUGCUGGAGCGAGUGGUGUGGGCCGAUGUGGGGGGGAGCGGCAAAGCAAGGGGGAGCGAUGUUGGGGGGGAUGAAGCAGAGGGGGAUGAUGUGUGGGGGAGCGAGGUAAGGGGAGGCGUUUCCUGGGUGGGAGGCCAGGGUGAAGGGCUUGUUUUAGAAGGGCCUCGCACAGAGAGGGGGGAGAAGAUGGGUGAGGAGGGGGGCAAAGGAGGUGCACUGCGGUGGGAGGCGGUGAGGGCGCGAGUGAGGGAGGUGAGGGAGCUGAGGUUGCGCAUAGAGCAUUGUGUGCGAGCGCGGCUGGAGCAGUGGGCUGAGGGCAAGCGGCUGGCACGGAUUGGCGCCAUGUGGGGCGAGUGGAAGCACAUGCAGCGGAUGCGGGGCGAGGGAGGGGAGGGGCGUGAGGGGAUGGAAGGGAGAGAGGAGCGGGAGGGAAGGGAAGGGAGGGACGGGAGGGGGUGGAGGGACGAGGGAAAAGAAGCGGUGCAGGAGGAAAGGCAUGGGGCGUUGUGGAUGGUGAAAGGAGUGCGGAGAGUGAUUGGUGCGGCCAGGGAAUUGUGGUGGAGGAAGGGGAGGGAUGCAGGGUUGAAGGGGAGAAAGGUGGGGACGCAGGAGGCAGUGGAGGGCGGGCAGAGGAGGAGGAGGUUUCUGGCGAUGCACCUGCGAUUCGACCUGGUGAGUCACCUGAGUUUCGACCUGGACAUGGUGGCACACUCGCGGUGCGACUAUGGGGAGGCGAGGGAGGAGCGGGAGCAGCUGAGGCGGUACUGGAAAAGGGCGUGGGGGGAGCUGGAGGGUAAAGUGCAGCACACCCCGCAGCAGCUGAGGGCGGCUGGCAAGUGUCCCCUCACGCCAGAGGAGGCUGGGCUGGUGCUGGCAGCGCUGGGAUUCUCCAGACACACGCGGCUCUAUGUUGCUUCAUACAAGGUGUAUGGCGGCCCCAGUCGCAUGGCCGCACUGCGACGCCUCUUCCCCAACCUCGAGGAUAAGACAACGCUUGCCACCCCAGAGGAGCUGCGGCCGUUCCGUGGGCGGGCGUCCAUGUUGGCAGCACUGGACUUCUACGUCAGCACACACAGUGACGUGUUUGUGUCCACGUCAGCAGGGAACAUGCAUAAUGUCAUGGCUGGGCACCGAGCCUAUUUCGGAGGGAGAAAGACCAUCAAGCUCAACACCCCUCUCCUAGCCUCGCUCCUUCAAACACCGAACCUAACUUGGCCGGACUUCACCCGAGCUCGUGCUGUGGCGACUGUGGCGCUGUCGUGA